UACAAUAACAACUUGUUGGUUGAUAACGUUUUGCAAUGCGAAGCUCCAUUGGAUAAAGAUAAAUAUUAUAAUAUAAAUGUAUAAGACGGUGCCUGCAAAAUAAAAAAAUACUAGAUUUUAAAAUUUUAUUAUUGUUGAAAAUCAAAUAGAUCAUAGCUCGUUACGAAGUUUUGUUACUUUUCAGUGUAAUUUUACAAUGCAUCGAUUGAAGAGAAUUUUGAGAUGUAGUGCAAUGAGGUAUGUGGUAAAAUCAGUUCAACAAUCAAAAAUACCUUUAACUAUUGCGGAUAUACCGCAUCCGAAAUCAUUACCAAUUAUCGGAACAAAAUUAGAUCUCAUACUUGCUGGAAGUGGGAAAAAAUUGCACGAGUACAUUGAUAAUCGACACAAGCAAUUAGGCUCCAUAUUUGCGGAACGACUAAGUGGGAGCACAGAACUCAUUUUUAUAAGUGAUACUGCAUUGAUAAAAUCACUUUUUAUUAAUCUUGAGGGUAAAUAUCCGAUUCAUAUAUUACCCGACCCAUGGGUUCUUUAUGAAAAAACUUAUGGGUCGCACAGGGGCCUUUUUUUUAUGAACGGUGAAGAAUGGUUGUUAAAUCGACGAAUUAUUAACAAGCAUUUACUAAGAGAAAAUGCAGAUGAUUGGAUUCGUUCAGCAGUAAAUAAAACUGUCGAAGACUUUAUAGAAAACUUAAAAAAUAAAACAAGAAACGGCUGUCUAAUAAAAGAUAUGGAAUUCGAAUUGUAUCAACUUUCUACAAACGUUGUUAUAAAUGUGCUAUUAGGUUCUAACAGUCUUUCACGUAGUCGACACAAUGAAGAAUUAUUAACUAUAUUUACGACAUCCGUAAGAAAAAUAUUUCAAACUACAACUAGAUUAUAUGCAUUGCCGGUAAAUUGGUGCCAACGUUUGAAUUUAAAAGUUUGGAGAGAUUUCAAAGAAUGUGUUGAUUUAUCAUUAUUUAUAGCAAAAAAAUUGGCUCAAGAAAUGAUAAAUCAUAAUGAUCAAAGUAAUGGAUUGAUUAAACGAUUAAUGGAAGACAAUAUGGAAGAAGAAAUGAUAAUAAGAAUAGUUGCAGAUUUUAUAAUUGCUGCUGGUGAUACGACAGCGUAUACAACCUUAUGGAUCCUUUUGUUGCUAUCCAAAAACGAUGAAGUUGUUAAGAAUAUUCGUGCUCAAGAUAAUUUUUAUAUAAAAUUUGUGGUAAAGGAAGCAAUGAGAAUGUACCCUGUUGCACCUUUUUUAACAAGAAUAUUACCACAAGACACUACUUUGGGGAAAUAUAAGCUUAAUAAAGGGACACCCAUAAUAGCUUCAAUUUACACCUCAGGCCGCAAUGAAGAAAACUUUUCCAAACCAAAUUUGUUUUUACCAUUUCGCUGGAAUAGAAAUGAUCAACAAAAACAAUAUUUAGUCAAUCAUGAUCCCUCAGCAUCACUUCCUUUUGCUAUGGGAGCACGGUCUUGUAUCGGAAAAAAGAUAGCUAUGAUACAACUAACAGAAAUAGUUAGCCAGAUUGUGAAAAACUUUGACAUUAAAUGUAUUAAUAAAGAAAACAUAAAUUGUAUCACCUCACAAGUGCUAAUACCAGAUAAGCCUAUAGAAUUUGUUUUCACUGUGAAAGAUGACCUAAUGAAAUAGGAAUAAAUAAAGGACAAUAAUGAAUGUUUACAGUGUUAA